AAUUUGUGUGUAUCUAUGAGAUCCAAAUCAAAAUAAACAAUGGUUGAGUGAGUCCAUUAAUAUAAAUAAAUAAACGUGCAUACAUGCGUGACAAGUCGUGAUACCAAUCUCCCCAUUGCAAUCAUGUCCCACCACCACCACCGCAUCCUUCUGGUAACGUACCCAGCUCAAGGCCACAUAAACCCAGCCCUUCAAUUUGCCAAGCGACUCAUAUCAAUGGGUGCACAUGUCACUCUUCCCAUCACCCUCCACCUCUACCGUCGUUUAAUCCUCCUCAAUCCAUCCAUAACCACCAUCUCCAACCUCUCCAUAACCCCCUUCUCCGAUGGCUACAACGACGGUUUCAUCGCCAUCACAAACACCGACGCUGAUUUCCAUCAAUACACCUCACAGUUCAACACCCGUGGCUCCGACUUCAUCACCAAUCUCAUACUCUCUGCCAAACAAGAAUCCAAACCUUUCACUUGCUUACUCUACACCAUAAUCAUUCCUUGGGCUCCACGAGUAGCUCGUGGUUUCAACCUCCGCUCAGCUAAACUCUGGAUUGAACCCGCCACAGUGUUUGAUAUUCUCUAUUACUACUUUCAUGGUUAUAGUAACCAUAUCAAUAACCAAAACCAAAACCAAAACCAAACUACCAUUGAAUUACCAGGAUUGCCCUUCACACUAUCGCCACGUGACAUACCUUCUUUUUUAUUUACCUCAAAUCCUAGUGUGUUGUCUUUUGUUUUUCCAUAUUUUCAACAAGAUUUUCAUGAACUCGACGUUGAAACCAAUCCGAUAAUACUCGUAAACACCUUUGAAGCUUUGGAGCCAGAGGCACUCAGGGCCGUUGAUACUCAUCAUAACCUCAAAAUGAUUCCCAUCGGACCAUUGAUUCCCUCCGAUACUUCCUUUAGUGGUGACCUAUUGCAACCUUCAAAUGAUUAUAUUGAAUGGUUGAACUCAAAGUCAAAAUCUUCAGUUGUUUAUGUUUCUUUUGGUAGUUACUUUGUUUUGUCUGAGCGACAAACAGAGGAAAUUGCAAGUGCGUUGUUGAAUUGUGGGUUUUCAUUCUUGUGGGUCAUGAGAGAAAAAGAAGAAGAGUUGAAAUUUAAAGAUGAGUUGGAAAAGAAGGGGAAGAUAGUGAAGUGGUGUUCUCAAGUGGAGGUUCUUUCCCAUUCUUCAUUGGGUUGUUUUUUGACUCAUUGUGGUUGGAACUCGACUUUGGAAAGUUUGGUAUCUGGGGUUCCACUAGUGGCAUUUCCUCAAUGGACUGAUCAAAAGACUAAUGCAAAACUAAUUGAAGAUGUGUGGAAGAUAGGGGUGAGAGUUGAUGAUAAAGUGGAUGAGGAUGGAAUUGUAGGAGGGAAUGAAAUUAAAAAGUGUUUGGAAGAGGUGAUGGGAAGAGGAGAGAAAGGAGAGGAAUUGAGAAAGAAUGCAAUGAAAUGGAAGGGGUUGGCUAGAGAGGCAGGGAAGGAAGGUGGUCCUGCAGAAAAGAAUCUAAGGAAAUUUUUGGAUGAUAUAUUGGAGAAUGCAUGCAUGGAUGCGGCUAAAAAUUGAGUUUGGACUAUUGUGUUAUAUCAAUGCUGUAUUUUCUUGCUUCUUUUCUAUGGCUACAAUAAAGAAUGAUGGUGAGGGCUAUAAAAUCCAAAACUUUUGUUGUGCCUGUGCCCUGUGUAAAUCUAGUAUAUGCAUGUCAUUGUCAAUUUAGUAUAUAUUGUGGUUAAUAUCAUCUUUAGAAAUUAACUUGUAUUUACAAGAAUUAAAAAGAAAUCCGCAUCAAUUUUUUUAAU